UCCACUCCACUAGGUGGUGGUAAUGCGCCUUUAAACUGGUCAACCACCAGUAAACACCAACGAAGAAGAUGAUGUUUCAUAGAAGAAGAAGACGACUGGCAUUGACUUGAUGGGAGUAUUUACAGAUACCAACUCGUGUGAAUAUAAUAAACUCAACGUUAUUUAAAGCAGAGGUUUAUUCGUUUUGAAUUCAAUUCUCUACUUUUGCCGGUUUCUUCUUCGGGUGAGCAUGUUAGCGUAGCUAACUGUAUAGUAGUUCCACCACCAGGUGACGUCAGGAAGGUGACAUAUAUAAAUAGGGAACCACGCGACUUACCGAUAACGUUACAGGCGUAGUUUAACGAUUAUAGCUAGUGUGGGUUUUUUGCCUUUAGUGUCCUCUUCCUGCCGUCGCGGACUUCAUGUUGAACCACCUAUCCGCUGCCCUCGCACUGCUCCCUCGCCGCCUCCUGCUCCCCUCCUCACCGAGGAGCCUCACUCUGACCAGCCUCCUCGGCAGGAUGGAGAUGGACCACACCGCCGCGGUGAGGUGUCUCCCCGGUGAGCCCAAACUCACCAUCUCCUUCCGCCUGGUCGACGGCAGCCACAAGAACAUGCUGCGGGACCAGGACGAGCCGCUGGGCAAGGUCCUGGUCCGGAUCUCCAACGGCCUCGCAAAGGGCCAAGGUAAGAAGUCGAAGAAGAAGAGGAACAACAACAAGGGACCGCAGCCGGAGCCCACCGUGGUGAAGCUGUACCACGAGGGUGAAGAGGUGUCCGACACGGUGCUGAACUAUGAGGCGUGGCGGGACGGAUCCGUGCUGCACGUGGGAGACGUUGAAUACUUGAUCCGGAGGAACGCUCCCACGUUCGUCUCCGCGGAGCUCCCGGUGGCCCUGCUGGCCGGGUUCCCCGUCUGCCCCAACCUGGAGGUCGAGUUUGGGAACCUGCAGGACUGCGAGUUCACGUGGUAUAAAGAAAAUACCCCGAACGCAAGCCCUGAAGCUGCCGAAGAACUUCCACGUCAGGAUGGCAGCUGGACCGAGGUAGGAUGUGGGAGAGUCCACGUCCCGUCCAAUCAGGACAUCGGCUUCAGGCUCAAGCUGCUCUGCACGCCAAAAGAUGGAGGACGCAGUGGCCCAGCCAAGGAGCUGGUCUCUGUGGGGGCCGUAGAGGCCGGACCAGGCGUGUGCACGUUCGACAACCGCCACGCGUACACCGUCAGAGAGGCGGAGUGGCCGGCAGUGAGGGUGGUGACAUACAACAUCCUGGCCGACGUCUACGCUCAGACAGAACUCUCCAAGACGGUGCUUUACCCGUACUGCGCGCCCUACGCCCUGCAGCUGGACUACAGGCAGAACCUGAUCAAGAAGGAGCUGGCCGGAUACAAUGCUGACAUCGUCUGUCUGCAGGAGGUCGACAAGGGGGUGUUUUCAGACAGUCUGACUCCAGCUCUGGAUGCCUUCGGUCUGGAUGGUGUUUUUAGGAUCAAAGAGAAGCAGCAUGAAGGACUGGCCACUUUCUACCGCAGGUCAAAGUUUCAGCUGCUGAGUCAGCAUGACAUCGUGCUGAGCGAGGCUCUGACCUCUGACCCCAUCCAUUCGACGCUGCUGGAGAGCGUUUCUGCUAACAGCGCUCUGAAGCGCAAGAUACUGCAGAGGUCCACCGCCAUGCAGGUCAGUGUGCUCGAGGACCUGAAGAAACCAGGCAGGAAGCUCUGCGUGGCCAAUACUCACCUGUACUGGCACCCGAAAGGAGGGAAUGUUCGUUUGGUCCAGAUGGGCGUGGCUCUGCGACACCUGAGUCACGUGAUCAACGAGGUCGCACCUGGAGCCCCUCUGCUCUUUUGUGGUGACUUUAACUCCUCCCCUAACUCAGGUGUGUUCCAGCUGCUCAGUGAGACAGCGGUUCCUCUGCAGCAUGCAGACUGGAGCAGCUCUGGUCCGGAGGAGUCCUGCAGGAUGGAGCUGCUCUCUACUUUUCCCCCUCUGCUGAGCGCCUGCAGCCAGCCGGCCUACACCAACUACGUGGGAGGAUUUCACGGCUGCCUGGACUACAUCUUCAUACAGCCGGACAGCAUGCAGGUGGAGCAGGUGAUCCCUCUGCCCAGCCACCAGGAGGUCACCACCUACGAGGCUCUUCCCAGCGUCGCUCAUCCCUCCGAUCACAUCGCUCUGAUCUGUGACCUGCGCUGGAACCCCUGACCUUUAACCUCAAACCACCUCCUGGACAAAAGAAAAUGGAGAACCGGGUCACCAGUCGCUCCUUCAAACACAUCCUGACUUUGGAUUUUCUUUAAAUUUGAAUGAAGUCUCAGCAUAAAAAAACCUGCAGGUUAGAUGGAGAUCACAAUGCGACAUUUACUGUUGUGAUGAAACCCAUAUUGUAUUAUUUAAAGUACAAUAAUUAAGGAAUUCUAAUCACUGAUAUUCAGUGUUGGGUCUGUUAAUGGAAAAAGUGAUGAAUUGCAAAUAAUAAUUUUCGUUUUUAAAAUAAUAAUUAUUUGUGUGGCACUCCUGACAGAAAACGAAGUCGCCGUACUGCAUCAUUUUAGGUCGAUAAUUAUUGUUAAUCACAGAUCUUAUUAGCUCCUCCUCACCCUCUGAAACAGCUGUUUAAACACAUUUUAGUUCACAUGGACUUUUAUUGGCUCAAAUACCCAAUGACAAAUAAAAUAUUAAUAUUUUAACAAAGGUAUUUAUUACUAUUAUUUGGCCAAAGAAGUUGCUCAGUGGUUCUUUAAGUCUUGGAUAAAUUGAUAAAGUUUGAGUCUACAGCAUGAAUCUGAUUCCUGGCUCAUUCUUGAGUGCUCUGUUUUAAUUCUUAUAUUUUAUAGCAACAUUCAAAGGCAGCACAGGACGAGGUCAACGUCUCUAUGAAGGUGUUCUCAUUUCUUUUGACUGUUUUGGUCAAUUUAAAAGCGCCUUGUGGAACAAUAUAUUCACUUCUCAUAAUCCUGUGGAAGAAGAAUUAGUUGUAAAGUUAGAGAUUACUGUAGUUAAAAUACGCCUUGUAAGUCAAAAACAUUUUUCAGUAGUAAGUUGGAGUUAAAUUUGUGAUCAAGUCAAAAUCAAAUUUUUAUAUAUAUUAUAUAUGUAUAUUUUUAUGUCAUGAACAAACCCAACGAAUAAAUACUUUUUUAAUAAAGAUAUGGAACGAGGUCCGAAAGUAGGUAAACAAGCUGUCGGCUGUCAAAUGUGAACGCAGUGAAUCCGCCUUCCAUCGCCACGCUGUUUUUCUGUGAUUGGCCAGAAGUCGUGAAGAGGCGGGACCGGAGUGUUUGGGACAUACCAUUGUGUCCUGCGUUAGGGGGCGUGAUGAAACGUAUACAUAGAGGUUACGGGAUAAGUGGGAUAGUCAUGGUGGUUUGGCAUAUAUUUCGUCAAUAGAAAAUAAUGAAAUAAGAAUAUAACACGUCUAACGUUGGUUUUGUAUAGUUUUGGAAGAUUUGCGUUUUUCAUUUAAGUCUCCGGUUAAUUUAUACACCCCCGUGUCAGUGACAGCAC